AUGGCUAAUGCACGAACAUUAAGGGAGUUGGCUGCUCCUGAUUUAAACCAGCAGCCUUUAUGCAUUACAUUCCCCACUUUAAAUGAUAACACCCCAUUUGAGUUAAAAUCUGGACUAAUUCAUCUUCUACCAUCUUUUCAUGGAUUACCAGGUGAGGAGCCAUAUAAACAUUUGCAGGAGUUUGAUGUCGUGUGCAACAGUAUGAAGCCCCCGGACAUUACAGAAAAGCAAAUAAAAAUGAGGGCAUUCCCCUUUUCCUUGAAGGACUGGUUGUACUACCUACCACCAGGUAGCAUCACAACGUGGGACCAGUUGAAGAAAAAAUUUUUAAAUAAAUAUUUUCCUGCAUCCAGAUCUGCGAGUCUAAGGAAAGAAAUUUGCGGGAUCAAGCAACACCCAAGCGAGUCACUCUAUGAGUAUUGGGAGCGGUUCAAGAAGUUGUGCAACAAGUGCCCCCAGCACCAAAUAAGUGAGCAGUUGCUCAUACAGUAUUUUUAUGAGGGGCUCCUUUUCAGAGACAGGAGCAUAAUUGAUGCUACAAGUGGAGGGGCAUUGGUGAACAAAACCCCUUGGGAAGCAAGGGAGUUAAUAGAGGGGAUGGCAGCGAAUUCACAACAAUUCGGUACGAGAGAGGAUGUCCCAAUACGCAAGGUGAAUGAGGUAGAAACAUCCUCUAUUCAGCAGCAGCUAACUGAGUUGACCUCGUUUGUUAGGCAACUGGUUGUAGGAAAUACAUUUCAGGCCAAGGUGUGCGGGAUUUGCACUGAUAUGGGUCAUUCUACAGACAUGUGUCCAAUGAUGCAAGAGGAGGGUGCAGAGCAAGUGAACAUGACAGGUUACGUGCCCGCGCCAAGAAGGCCCUAUGACCCCUAUUCAAGUACCUACAACCCUGGUUGGAGGGACCACCCUAACCUCAGCUAUGGAGGGAACAUACAGUCCAAUUUCGUGCCUAAUAGACAACAAGGGUACCAGCAGCAGUACCAACCCCGACCACCUCCACCACCGAGCUCUAGUCCAUCUUUGGAGGAGAUGAUGAAACAACUAAUAACAACCAUCUCGCAAAAUCAGCAAAGGACAGAUUCGGAAAUGAGCGGGAAGGAAGUUCAGGGGCCCGAACUCGUGACUCCAAAGGAUAAGGACGAAGAGAAGAUUGAGAAAGAACUUGAGGCAGAGAAUACAAGUACCAAAGAUCCAAGGUUGGAGAAACCGAAGAAGCAGGACAAAGAGAAGGAGAUCCUAGAGGUGUUCCGCAAGGUAGAGAUCAAUAUCCCCUUAUUAGAUGCCAUCAAACAAUUGCCGAAGUAUGCAAAAUUUUUGAGAGACCUAUGUGUCAACCGAAAGCGGCUGAGGGGAGACGAAAGGAUCAUUGUUAGGAAGAAUGUGUCAGCAGUUCUCCAAAGGAAGCUUCCACCAAAGUGCGGGGAUCCAGGAGCAUCGAUCAACGUAAUGCCUAAAUCUAUGUAUGCUUCUCUGAACCUCGGUCCAUUAAAAGAAAUCGAAAUAAUAAUUCAAUUAGCUGACCGAACAAAUGCAUACCCUGAUGGGUUGAUAGAAGAUGUGCUGGUUAAAGUUAAUGAAUUGAUAUUCCCGGCUGACUUUUAUGUACUUGACAUGGAUGAUGAUCAUUCCCCUGACCCCUCACAUUUGCUACUAGGUAGACCCUUUUUGAGCACAGCACAGACAAAAAUUGACGUUAAUAAGGGUACAUUGGAUAAAUUCAAAUUUACUGAGAACAAGUAUAAGGGGAUGGAAACACUGUAUGAGGUGAAAAGGAGUAGAAAAUUAAGAAAGGAGGCUGCCGUCAAAGGCUAUUUGGAUCCUGGAGGAGGGCCACCGAUUUCCAGGAAAACUGAGUUACACCUAGUUUGA